AUGAGCCGCAGUCCGGAGAGGAUCUCGUCCUACCGCCGUCACUUUGAGGAGAGCAGCAGCUUGUCCCAUCAGGUCAGGGUGUCCAGCCCAUCCCCCACCAGGAGAGAGGCCCGUCAUGGCUCUGCUGGCUACUCCUGCAGACCCAGGGUCGGCAGCAUGCGUGUGGAGUCAGUGGGAAGAAGGACUGCUUCGGUCACACGCAGUGUGAGUGCUGGAGCCAUGGUGUGUGUUGGGCCUAGGGGAGAGCCUGCCAUGGACCUGGAUGUGGCAGCAGCUGAGAACCAGGAAUUCCUCAGUACCCGCACAAGUGAAAGACAGGAGAUGAUUGUCCUCAAUGAUAGAUUGGCUGUUUACAUUGACAAGGUUCGAUCACUUGAGCAGCAGAACAAGCUACUGGAAACGGAGAUCGAGGCCUACCAAAACCGCUUUGAGAAGCCAUCAGGUCUGCGCCUCCUGUAUGAGGAACAGCUGAGGGAGCUGAAAAAGAUCGCCGACCAGAUGAGAGUUCAGCGGGACAUUUCCUUGGCGGCUAAGGAGUCCACAGCUGCUCAACUAGAGGCAAUCAAAAUCAAAUAUGAGGAGGCAGUGGAGCUGAGGAAGAAAGCUGAGUUAGACAUUGAAGCCUUCCGUCCAGAUGUUGACCAAGCCACCUCCUCACGCAUUGCCUUGGAGAAGAAGCUGGAGCAAUUGGAAGUUGAAAUUGAAUUCCUUAAACGGAUCCAUCAACAGGAAAUUGAUGAGCUCAUGAAGCAAAUCUAUGCAGCUCAUGCCACGGCUCAGAGUGCAUACAGCCUGCCCGACCUGGCAGCUGCUUUGAAGCAAAUCCAAAACCAGUAUGAUGACAUUGCGGCCAAAAAUCUCCAGGAAAUGGAUUCAUGGUAUAAAAACAAGUUUGAAGAUCUAACCAAGAAGACAUCAAGGCACGUGGAUAGGGUUCGAAGCAUUAGAGAAGAAAUAGCGGGUGCCAAAAAGGAUAUUCAAAGCAAAGAACGUGACUUGGAUGUCCUGAGAACCAGGAAUGAUGCUCUUGAGGCCCAGAUUCGAGAGAUGCAAGAAAAAUACAAAAAGGAACUGGAAGACCUGCAGGUUCGGAUUGAGGCCCUGCAGCUUGAGCUGAAAUCCACGAAGGAGAAAAUUGCGCUGCACCUGCGUGAGUACCAGGACCUCCUGAAUAUCAAGAUGGCUCUGGAGAUUGAAAUCACAACUUACAGAAAACUGAUUGAAGGAGAGGACCUGCGGCUGUCUGGAAUGAUGCAAACUCUGUCUCUUACCACCUCUUGCAUGGGCGCUGUUGGUGUUGUAUUGUCAGGGACCAGUGGAAAGGGAAAGACUGGUGGAGGAGUUGGUGACACUAGUGGGAUGAGAUAUGGAUCAGAUGGAUAUGAUAGCAACAUUGAGGCCUACGCGGAGCAGGCUGUGGAGCUGACGGAGAGAAGGACGGUGCUCAUUAGAACAGUCAAAAAUGAGGGUGACGUACUAGAGAUGGACCACCAAGAACAAACCUACACCAUCACUGGUGCAGCAGAUGACUCAGACGACGAGUGAGCAGCACAAAUUCCCAAGUGACCUCCUCUCACCCUGAAACCUCCACGCCCC